ACCAGUCAACCAACGUUACUUUUAUUUUCUGGUAAAGUUUUCUGUUUUUUUGACAAAAGAAGAGAAAAUCAUGAGUUAUGAAAAGUCGGAAGAGACGAGGACCAAGUACAAGGGCGUUCGUCGAAGAAAGUGGGGCAAAUGGGUUUCGGAGAUCAGAGUCCCGGGCUCGCAGGAGAGGCUCUGGCUGGGCUCGUACGCGACGGCGGAGGCGGCUGCGGUGGCCCAUGAUGUUGCGUUUUACUGCCUGCGGAGGCCGGUGUCGUUGGAGAGCCUCAACUUUCCUCUCAUGCUUCCCGUCGCCAGUCUCCAGGGGGACAUGUCGCCGAGGACCAUUCAGAGGGCGGCUUCCGACGCUGGCAUGGCCAUCGACGCCCGCCAGAGCCAGUUUUCCUCGGGCUCGGCCCAUUCGCCGGGAGGCCCGGUGGGUGGGACUCAAAACGGCGCCGUCUUGGAGAGUAGUGAGGCUGCUUGGGGUGGUUGGAAAGGCAGUGAGCUUGGAUCGGAUGGGGAGGCUGGUUUGAGCAUUUCGAUUGAGGAUUAUCUCUAGGCAGCCUUUUUUUGUUGUCGUUUUGGGUCCCUUUUUAAAUUUAUAGGUUUUACUUUUGAGGACCCUUUUGAUCAGUCGUCGUUUGUAUAUACUCAAUUACUCAUACGCGAGCGAGCGUGUCAAGUAUUCGGAACAGACAUGCUCUUAGUUUGAGAUCUGGUCUGAUCUGGUUUUUCGUGUUUAACAACAACAAUAAUGACAAAAAAAAAAAAAAAAA